AUGGUGUCCACAGUCAACCCAUCCGUCCCGCGACGCGAACUCCCACGGCCACCGCCGCCAGCUGUUGUGGAAGCUGAGCAGCAAUGGGUCUUCACAGAGGAUGAGCUGUUGCAAGCGCCGUCAAUAUUAGACGGCAUGCCGGCCGAGGAAGAGCGCACGCUGCGGCGCAAGGGCGUCAACUUCAUUCUGCAAGUCGGCAUGAUGCUCAAGCUUCCACAGACGACGCUCAGUACCGCUGCUGUCUUCUUCAACCGCUACUUGAUGCGCAGCAGUCUGAAGCCACGGCCGGGCUACAAGCCGCUUCACCACUAUCAAAUCGCAGCGACUGGCCUUUUCCUCGCUACCAAGGUCGAGGAGAACUGUCGCAAGAUGAAAGAGCUCGUUGUAGCCUGCGUUCGAGUCGCGCUGAAAGACCCCAACAAGCUCGUCGACGAGCAGACAAAAGACUUCUGGAAGUGGCGCGACACCAUUCUCUACAGCGAGGAUGUUCUGCUAGAGGCUUUGUGCUUCGAUCUGAACAUCGAGUCGCCCUACAAGACCAUGUACGACAUGCUCAAAUACUAUGGCGUGGAGCACAACAAGAAGCUACGAAACUCGGCAUGGGCGUUUCUCUCGGACUCAGCAUCCACGCAGAUGUGCCUACUUUUCACAUCGCGCACCAUCGCCGCGGCCUCAUUGUAUGCAGGCGCACGCAUGGCAGACGUGUCAUUCGACGAAGACGACGGCCAUCCAUGGUGGGAGAUACAGCACGUCAAGUUGCGCGACAUUAGGAGAGCGUGCAACCUGAUGGCCGAUCUUUACGAGAAAUCUCCAGACAAGGACGGCGAGUCUAACAUGUACGCCGGACUGAGAACGCCCGAAGGUGGCAUCGACUUUGGCGACACGCCAGGCAGCAUGGAAGGCGUGCAAAGCUCUGCGCCAGAGGUGCAAAGCCAGCCGCCAGCGAACGGAGCGGAGAAUGGAGGCGCGACCGAGAGAGGGUCGGAGGAGGGCGAGCUGGAUGGCUAG